UGCAUUAAAAAAUUCCCACCUCCUCCAAACAUAUAGUACUCUCCACAUAUUACUAUAACUCAAUCAUGUCUAAAUAUUCUUCAUUGGACUCAUGAAACCCAUAAACUCUUUCAACUUUCUCUCUCCUCUUCCUCCCUCUCUAACCUCCAAUUUUAAUCAUUUUAACUCCUUAAUUCCAGCUUAAUCUUAUUUUUUGCCCAUUUUUUUAUAAAGCUUCUCACUUUAUUUUAUUCUUUGUUUUAUAUUCACUUUGUAUGUUGUACACUUGUACUACUCAUAUUAUCUCGUAGUACUCCCCUCUUCUUCCUAUCGAAUGAACGUACAUCCACAAUAUUUACCUCAUCCUUACUUUUUGGCUCUAAUCAACUGCUCAAUGAAGGUGCUUUUGAUGAUUUUUUAGCUCUUAAACCAAGAUUAAUUGGACCCAAUUAAUUGGAUUAGUCCAAUUGAACAGGUUGGUCUUGAACAACAUGUACAGCAGGGUACAGCAGCAGAGGGCUCAUCUCAGGGGCAUCAUGAGAUGCAAUACUACUGUCCCACCACGACGACAACGAUGAUGCCAACGACAACGACAACGAUGAUUGAUGAUCAAACUGCUGCCCCUGCAGAUGGGGGUGUUAGAGAAGGAUCAUCUUGUAAGAAACUUGAUCACAAUGCUAAGGAAAAAGUAAGGAGGAUGAAGCUUAAUGAAACAUUUUUGGUACUUCGUUCUUUGCUCCCAGAUUCUAGAAGAGCUAAGAAGAGGUGGAGUGGACCAUAUAUAAUUGAUAGAGCCCUUGAUUAUGUCCCUCAGCUUCAAGCUGAGAUAGAGAAGCUAACAAUCGAGAAGAGCAACAUGUUAUCAGUGCUAGGAAAGAAGCAGCAAGUUGUCGUAGGUAGCAGUGAUGUUCGUGAUCAUGCAAACAAAGAUAAAAGGACACUAACAGUCUCAAUGAAUGAAGUAAAAAAGGGUGAAGUGAUAGUCCAAAUAUGUGAACAGAACAACAAAGAUGGUAUCUUGUCCACUUUGAUUGAGAAAUUAGAAGGUCAAGGCAUCCAUGUCCUAGGUGCCUCUUCGCAACGUGCCUGUGAAGACAGAUCCUGCUUCCAUCUUCAUUUUCAAAUGGGAGAAAGCCCAGUUGAAGCUGAUUAUGUUGCAGUCUUACACAAGAAGAUCAUUUCCUGGUUGUCCUAGUAUAGAGAAAGAUAUGCUUUAUAUGAUGACUGAUUAAGAUUCACUAAUUACGAAAAUGAAGCCUGCCUCCUAUUUUUCAUAAAGGAGAAGAACUAUGCAAUUUUUUGGAAGACAAACUACAGGACAUUUGAAAAUCGCAUGAAGAAUCACAUCCUCGUAUAUAUGUGCAUGCAAUUUUUAUGCUUCACUAGCAUACUUGUAGUUGAUUAUGAUUUCAUGAUAUGUACACUUUGAGAGAUUGUUUCUUAUAGGCAACAAUUUAUCAUUAGAAAUUAGAAUAGGAUGAUUUUUCCUACAAUCUACACUCUACAAUUCUAUGGACUA